GCGUGAGCCACCGUGCCCGGCCUGUUCUUUUUUUAAAUUACGUUUCCCGUGCUGGCUUCCCUGGGAGGAAUGGGAGUAAGCCACAACUUGACUUCACCACGGGACGAAUUUCCCUGAGGCAGACGGAGCAGGUCUCCAGCACACCCACCGGCAGGGGGCUUUGGCCUGGAAGACAGACCUCCUAGGGCGGAGGCCUGAGUGUCACCAGACCAGGCCAGCCUCCAGCUGGAGCCAGGUAAGAAUGAGGAUCCGCCCGCCUGGCAGGGUGCAGAGGCCUGUUCAGACGCCACCUCCACGAAUAAAAGCAAUUUCUGUCCAAGUUCUUAACGCAGGAAAGGUUAUGUGUUAGCAUUCAGCUUUGCCAGAUUCAGAGCGUCCCCACAGCGUCUCGGGGGACCAAAGGGUCCCCAUUCCCAGCGAGUCCAACUCCAACAUCCCCGAGCCUGGGCCUGGGCAAAGUCUGGCUGCGGCUCCUCUGCUGUCUCGCGGGGGUUCGAGUCUCCCUCCCAACCGUCAUCCUGGGUCUGGGGCUGAACGGCUGUGGGAUCUCUGCCGCUGGCUCGAAGUUGGGGACGUGUGGCAGGUCCCCGCUGCACCUGGCCUUCCCCCGCGCGGUGGGAGCGGCCGGACGUGGCGGGCAGUGCUGGCGGGACUGGCAGGAAGAGAGCCCGCGGAGGUGCGCGGCGCCCCACGACCAUGCCACGCGGCAUGGCACGAACAGCGGCUGAUUUUCCCCCCUUCCUCGGAUGGGACCGACCUGGCGGUGACUAACAGGGAACUGUUUGGGCUGGUUCGCUUACGAAUGGGGCCCACAACAGAAGCCUAAGAACCUGCGAGAAGAAACUUCGGCUGGGGUCAAGACCCGAACCUGCGGGGGGCCGCGUGGCAGGGAGGAGCUCCGGGUCCCUGGGCGUGCGCGCCCAGGACAUGCCUGCGCCCUCGACGCCCUUUCCGAAGCCCCUCUGGAUCCGGACCCCAGGGCGGCCCUCGGGCCCGGCCGACUCGUGUGACAAAGUGACAGAACAGGGGCGCGGAACUCACCCGGGCCCCGGGACUCCACGUAAAUUUAGGUCCCUCCCUCGGACACCCCCGGAGCCCUGGCUGAUGCUGCCCCUCCCGGCUGUGAGACCCUCGCUGAGGCCCCUGCACCCUGGGGGGGCCGGCGCGCGGGUCCGCACCAAAGAGCUGCGCGGCCAGAGCCCCGGGCCCCUGGUGACACCAGACGCUGACGCGCGGCACUGCAGCGGCCCGCGGGGCGGAGGGGCCGGCUGGGCGGAGGCUUCCGGCGACCCAGGCCCCUGAGCGACCCCGCCCCUUCCUCUGCAGCCCCGCCUCCCGCGGGCUGACUCCGCCCCGCGCCGCAUGGCGACGCCCCCGUUCUCGGCCCCCAGCCCAGCCCCAGCCGCGGGACCUUUCCGGAUCCCAGGCUCUCGACCCCCUUCCAGCCCCGCCCCUUCCUCCCGCGGGCCCCGCCCCCGACCGUCCUCCCUCCGCGGCGCGGGCGCCAAGAGGAGCGAAGGUGCGCGCCUCCCCGCUCGGCGCCGGGGUGCCUCAGCACGUGGGGGGACCCCGGCCGGGCCAUGCCGCGCGCGCCCCGGUGCAAAGCCGUGCGCGCCCUGCUGCGCAGCCGCUACCGCGAGGUGCUGCCGCUGGCGACGUUCGUGCGGCGCCUGGGGCCCGAGGGCCGGCAGCUGGUGCAGCGCGGGGACCCGGCCGCCUUCCGCGCGCUGGUGGCCCAGUGCCUGGUGUGCGUGCCCUGGGGCGCGCGGCCGCCCCCAUCCGCCCCCUCCUUCCGCCAGGUGUCCUGCCUAAAGGAGCUGGUGGCCAGGGUCGUGCAGAGGCUCUGCGAGCGCGGCGCCAGGAACGUGCUGGCCUUCGGCUUCGCGCUGCUGGACGGAGCCCGUGGCGGGCCGCCGGUGGCCUUCACGACCAGCGUGCGCAGCUACCUGCCCAACACGGUGACCGAGACCCUGCGCGGCAGCGGCGCAUGGGGGCUGCUGCUGCGCCGCGUGGGGGACGACGUGCUCGUUCACCUGCUGUCGCGCUGCUCUCUCUACCUGCUGGUGGCGCCCAGCUGCGCCUACCAGGUGUGCGGGCCGCCUCUGUACGAGCUCUGUGCUGCCACGGAGGCCCGGCCUGGCGCGCCCCCCAGACAUCGGCCCACGCGACACUCAGGCCAGACUCAAACGGGCCCAGGAUCAAAGCGCCCGAUGCCGCACAACAGCGAUGGCGAGGCCCGGGUAUCCCUGCGCCUGCCAGACCAGGGUGCUAAGCGGCGUCCUGGCAGCUUCGGCAGUAGUCCUCCUUCCGCCAAGAGGCGCAGGCAUGAACAGGGCCGCGACCUGCAACAGGGGCCUGACGGGCAGGCGUCUGGGGCCCACUCAGGCAGUGUGCAUGGGCCGAGUGACCACGAUUCCCGCGCCGUGGCUCCCACCAAACCCGCCAUGGAAGCCACGUCCUCCGUGGGCGAGCGGUCAGGGACACGUGGCUCCUACCCAUUGGUGGGCGGCACGCGCCAUGUGGGCCCCCCACCCACACCGCGGCCAGCGGGUGCGUCUCCUCCGCAAAUGUACGUGGAGACCAAGCACUUCCUCUACUGCUCGGGCGACAGGGAGCGGCUGCACCCCUCCUUCCUGCUCAGCUCCCUGCCGCCCAGCCUGACCGGCGCCCGCGCACUUGUGGAGACCAUCUUUCUGGGCUCGACGCCAGGGCGGGCAGGGGCGCCCCGCAGGCCGCGCCGCCUGCCCCCGCGCUAUUGGCAGAUGCGGCCCCUGUUCCGCGAGCUGCUUGGGAACCACGCGCGGUGCCCCUACGCCGCGCUCCUCAGGGCGCACUGCCCAGUGCGCGGCGGGGCCGACCCCGCUGCAGGAGCCUGCACCCCCAAGGACAGCGCGUGCCCGCAGCGCCUGGUGCGGCUGCUUCGCCAGCACAGCAGCCCCUGGCAGGUGUACGCGUUCCUGCGGGCCUGUCUGCACCGCCUGGUGCCCGCGGGCCUCUGGGGCUCCAGACACAACGAGCGCCGGUUCUUGAGGAACACGAAGAAGUUCGUCUCUCUGGGGAAGCGAGCCCGGCUGUCCAGGCAGGAGCUGACGUGGAGGAUGAAAGUGCAGGACUGCGCUUGGCUUGGUAGCAGCCCAGGGGGCUGCGUCCCGGCCGCGGAGCACCGGCGCAGGGAGGAGGUCCUGGCGCGGUUCCUGCUCUGGCUGAUGGGCGUGUGCGUGGCGGAGCUGCUCAGGUCCUUCUUCUACGUCACGGAGACCACGUUCCAGAAGAACAGGCUCUUCUUCUACCGCAAGAGCGUCUGGAGCCAGCUGCAGAGUCUCGGCGUCAGGCAGCACUUGGAGCGCGUGCAGCUGCGGGAGCUGUCCGCCGCGGAGCUCCGGCGGCACCGGGAGGCCGGGCCAGCCCUGCCCACGUCCAAGCUGCGCUUCAUCCCCAAGCCCAGCGGGCUGCGGCCCAUCGUGAACAUGGACUACAUCGUGGGCGCCAGAACGUUCCGCAGAGCAACGAGGGCUCAGCCUUUCAGCGCGAGCGUCAAGACCCUAUUCAGCGUGCUCAACUACGAGCGCACCCGGCGCCCCGGCCUCCUGGGCGCCUCCGUGCUGGGCCUGGACGACAUCUACCGGGCCUGGCGGGCCUUCGCGCUGCGCAUGCGGGCACGGGACGCGGCGCCCGGGCUGUACUUCGUGAAGGUGGACGUGACGGGCGCCUACGACGCCAUCCCCCAGGACAGGCUCGCGGAGGUGGUCGCCGGCGUCCUCAGGCCCCAGGAGAACACCUACUGCGUGCGCCGCUACGCCACGGUGCAGCGGGCCGCCCACGGGCACGUCCGCAAGUCCUUCAAGAGACACGUCUCCACCCUCGAGGACCUGCGGCCGUACAUGCGGCAGUUCGUGGAGCACCUGCAGGAGACCGGCUCGCUGAGGGACGCCGUGGUCAUCGAGCAGAGCUCCUCGCUGAACGAGGCCGGCCGCAGCCUGUUUGACUUCUUCCUGCUCUUCGUGCGCAGCAAUGUGGUCCGGGUCGGUGGCAGGUGCUACGUGCAGUGCCGGGGCAUCCCGCAGGGCUCCCUGCUGUCCCCGCUGCUGUGCAGCCUGUGCUACGGCGACAUGGAGCGGAGGCUGUUCCCCGGGAUACGGCGGGACGGGCUGCUGCUGCGCCUGGUCGACGACUUCCUGCUGGUCACGCCUCACCUGGCGCACGCGAGGGCCUUCCUCAGGACGCUGGUCAGGGGCGUCCCCGAGUAUGGCUGCGUGGUGAACUUGGAGAAGACGGUGGUGAACUUCCCCGUGGACGCCGCCGCCCUGGGUGGCGCAGCCUGCGUCCAGCUGCCGGCCCACUGCCUGUUUCCCUGGUGCGGCCUGCUGCUGGACACCCGCACCCUGGAGGUGUUCAGCGACUACUCCAGCUUCGCCCGGACGUCCGUCAGAGCCAGUCUCACCUUCAGCCCUGGCUUCAAGGCCGGCAGGAACCUGCGGCGCAAGCUCUUGGGGGUCUUGCGGCUGAAGUGCCACGGCCUCUUUCUGGACCUGCAGGUGAACAGUCUGCAGACGGUCUGCGUGAACGUCUACAAGAUCUUCCUGCUGCAGGCCUACCGGUUCCACGCCUGCGUGCUGCAGCUCCCGUUUAACCAGCCAGUGUGGAAGAACCCCACGUUUUUCCUUCGCGUCAUCUCGGACACGGCCUCCCGCGGCCACUGCAUCCUGAGAGCCAAGAACGCAGGGACGUCGCUGGGGGCCAAGGGUGCCUCCGGCCCCCUCCCCCGCGAGGCCGUGCAGUGGCUCUGCCAGCACGCCUUCCUGCGCAAGCUGGCGCGGCACCGUGUCACCUACAGGUGUCUCCUGGGGACGCUCAGGACAGCCCAGGCGAGAGUGCAGCGGAAGCUCCCUGCGGCCACGCUGGCCACCCUGGAGGCCGCGGCCGACCCGGCCCUGACCACGGACUUCAACACCAUCUUGGACUGACGGCGGCCCCGCCUGCCACCGGGAGGAGGGUACGGUGCCAGCAGCCGCCACGCCCGGCUGGUGUCCGGACGGGCUGCUGGGAGGCUCCGGCCGCUCGUCCCUGACCCGGUCUGCGGUGCUUGCGGGGUGGGGACGCAUCCUUGAUGUGCUCCUUCCCGGGGGCGGGGUCUCCCCUCCUGGUGUCCUUAGAGGAGCAGAGCCUGCCCGCCGGGACCCGCCCGUGCCGUUGCUGCCAGGAGGAGGCGGGCGGGUGGGCCUGUCUGUGCCAGGAGGGAGGAUCCACCAGCCGGUGGUGUUGGGACGUCUGCUGCCACCACAGCGCCGGGCUGUCUGGGGAGGCCCUUGCACCUUUGCACCAGCUUCAUGGCCACAGCCCUUGGGCGUGGGCGCAGCUCCAUCCCUCGGCCCACGUCUGCUCCGGGGCAGCCCUCACCCCAGCUGUAUCCAAAGUCCAGUUGUAACUGAGCUUUCCUUGCAAACACAGGCCUAGCCCCACUGGCUCCACUGCCCCUGGGCACACCUGCCCUUGGGCCACUCUCACUACCUGGCUGCUCCCAGCUGGGUCCUCCCAUCACCCCAGGGACCUGCCGCUGAGGCUCCCACCCCCUGGCCACCCCCACCAGACUUGCGACCCUGUCUCCUGCCAGCCCUGGCCCCGUCAAGCCUGCCCAGCGACCCCAGUGGAGACGCCGGUCGGGACCCAGGCCUCUGGGUGACAAGGAUGCCCUGCGCGCAGUGGGACCCCAAGCUCGGCGGGGGCUCCGUGGGUGCUGCAGUGCGCGGCUGUGGGUAGAAAACGUCGAACCUCUGGGUUUCUGGGUUUGAGCAGUGUCUGUGGCAUGCUGACGUGUGCAGUCAUAGAAACGACACAUGGGGUGGGGUGCAGUGAACACGGCUUGGCUGGCGUCCAGGGGUUUCCCGUGCUGAGGUGGGAGGGGUGGGGGUGGGACCCAGGGAACAGCAGGGCCUGGCCCAGCCCCCGCCCGCCGGCAGCUGUGGACCCUCGGCAGGGUGCCUGGGGCAUGGGCAGCGCCAUCCUUUACAAAACCCGGGUCCCCUCUGAGCACCCGGCUCAGGCCUAAAGUCACAGUUCUCUGGCCGCCGCCUUCUGGGUGGACCAGGCCAUCUGGAUCUUUUUGGAGGGUCCUGCCGGGUGGGCAGCGGAGGGGCCGUGGACAUGGCAGGGUUGUGAGGGUGGCGAGCCCACUGCCCGUGUGUCCUGCCUCUAGAUGGGCCCUAGGCACAUGGUGGGGCUGGACAGACGCCCUGCAAAGACGGAAAGAGCCAGAAGGACCACGGGACAGGAGGAGCAGCGGCUGAAAGGCUGUGGUCUUAUGGGAAGGAGCAGCCCCAGGGGUCAGCCCGGUGGCUGAGCCGGCCACAGAGGCCAAGAGUGAGCAACCUGGGGACGCCCCAGCCUCGGCCGUGGCCUGGUCCUGUUGGCUGUGCCGGGGUUCCCGUGUGGCUGGGCUGCCGCCUUGUCUGCUGCUGUUGCCUCGAGGAGCGUCCAAGUGGCCGAGCCUGGCGGGUUUGUGGCAGCUCCAGGCCACGGGGUGCGACGGACGUGCCCGGCACUGGCACACGGGAGAGUGAGUGAUGAGGGGCCUGGCAGCUGGUCCUUUGCGGCCGUGAGCAGGAGAGGAGCUGCCGCGGCCACGCUGGGCAGAGGUCCCUUGGCCAAAGGCUGGACGGAGCAGGGCAAGGACCCCAGAGCAGAGGCACCGCCGGGCGUGGGCCGAGCUUGCCUGCCCUGGCGCGGCUCACACACAUCACCAGCCGGGUCACUGUGCAGUUGUCCAUUCUCCACGCGGUUCCGGCUGCCCUUUCUCUGUGUGUGCUGACUGCUGUUCUGUGGAGGGUCCGGCGUGUGCAUGGCAGUGUCAAAGCAUGGGAAAGCUGCCUGCUCUGCGGUGGCUUAGCUGAGCCCCCCUGUCUGACUUCUCUCUCUCUCUCUCUCUGAAACCACCAUGCAGACUGUCAAGUCUCAGGGCAACAUGCAAAAAUAAAAUUUUAAAAGGGGAGAGAAAUCCUACUCCUCUGGGUUUCCCUAGA